CAAAUUUCAAUAUGGAGGAAAAUGGUAAUGAUUUUAUUACAACUCGGCUUUUUUGUAGUACGCAAAAUGAGAUGAAAACAUAUCAUGAUGAUAAAAACUGCCUUACACUUGUGGGAAGGUCGUAACCAAUUGAUGGUUUGGAUGCCUGAUGUGAUUGCAUGCUAGCUGGUGAUGGUGGACCGUGUCGCUCAGAGUGCCUCCUCCCGUAUCCCCGUGCCAGUCAGGGCCACAGGCCACACACUGGCUAACAACAAGGUCAAACAGUUGACAAAAGAACAGCCCAAGCACAUAUUUCAGGAAAAUGGACUGGUGGACACACAUUCCAAGAUUGAAGAGACCAGCUCCAAGGAAAACAACACCAAGAAAGACAAGGGUUUUGAAACUUUUGUCAUGACAGGUGACAUGAUAAUUCGGACCACACAGAAAACUAGAGACAAGGGCAACAGAAGCACAUCUGACAGCACUGACACCAGCGACACAGCUGACCUGAGCGACAUAGGUAUACACACCAAUGCUGUUUUUAUAGAGGAAAAAGGCAUUCAAGAGUAUACAGAGGGUACCACUCUCACUAAAGACAAUCAACGGUCUGCAGAGUCUGGUUUUGAGGAUCAGGAUUCAGGGACAUUAGAAAGAGACAGGAGUCAAGCCACUGAGCCCAACAGUGUAUCAGACUUGUCUUUGAUAAGUUCUGAGGACUUGGCAGACAUGACGCGAUCACAGUCCUCAGCUGCAAGUACAUCAGUUUCAUCUGUCUCAACGCCUUCUGAUAUCAAGUCUGACAUAUCGGAACAGACAGUGCUACAGUGUAUUUUAGGGCCAAACGGUCAUUCUUCUGAUCCACUUAUUUCUCCAGAAACUGAUCCAGCAAACAAAGAUAGUGAUACUUAUAGUUCUAGUGAGAAUGUGAAGGAUUAUAGUGAAUCAGAAAAGGACACAGAUUAUUCUAAGAUGGUGACCAGUAAAAGUGCCGAAAAGUUUGUGCAAAUAAAGGGCGGCAGUCAUCAGAGUGUACGUCCUAGCAAAAGUCAAGAGCUCCAAUCUGAGUUCUCUCUAGUGACCAUAGAUAUAGACGAAGAUAAUAAGGCAUAUUCCUUAGAUCAAAUACCACAACAUGGCACUGCCAAUUCAACAGCUUCACUGGAAGGAAUUGGGGAGGGAGAUGCUUUGGUGACCUCCAGAAGUCUUGACAGUUCUCCGGAACACAAGGCAGACCGGUGCCAUGAUAAGGAGUUCAUACCUGGAUUUAUAACACUAGCGGAUGAGCCAAAUAUGAAGAAAGCCAAAACCAAAGAGGAUAAUGAAAUGUUUGGUGAUGGUGCUGCAAACAAUAAUUCUCUAGAGGACUCGCAAAAUAAUGACAAUGGUGAGCGAGAUAAUGGAAAGGCCCAAAGAUAUUCGUUAGACCCAUCCCUAGAUCCCAAUCUCUUAGACUAUCAACCUCUUGCUAAGGGUGUUGAUAGACCAUCAGCACAGCGGCUUGCCAAACGACUGUAUAACUUGGAUGGAUUCAAAAAAUCGGAUGUGUCAAGGCAUCUAAGUAAGAAAAAUGAUUUUGGUGCAUUAGUAUCAGAAGAGUACCUCAAGUUUUUUCAUUUUGAAAAGAAGACACUUGAUCAGGCUCUGAGGAUGUUCCUGUUACAGUUCUGUCUGAUAGGGGAGACACAAGAGAGGGAACGGGUGCUAGCUCACUUCUCCAAGCGAUACAUUGAAAGCAACCAAGGCGUUUAUAAUUCUGAAGAUGCCUGUCAUACGCUUACCUGUGCUAUUAUGUUACUGAACACAGACCUUCAUGGCCAGAGUAUUGGCAGGAAGAUGACAUGUUCUGAGUUUAUAGAAAAUCUGGCAGAGCUCAAUGAUGGUGACAAUUUUCCAAAAGAUCUGCUGAAAAUUAUCUACCAAAACAUCAAGGCUGAGCCUAUUGAGUGGGCGGUUGAUGAUGACCACGAGGAGGAUCACAGUCAGACAGAGGACCGUAAUGCCGCAACACUAACAAACAUGUCAGCACCAGCCUUAGGCGGGAACCCUUUCCUAGGUGCACCUGAUCCAGACAAAGCAACUGAAUACAAAAAUGGCUAUGUGAUGAGGAAGUGUUGUUUGGAAGCAGAUAGGAGAAGAACGCCGUUGGGAAAGAGAGGAUGGAAGAUGUACUAUGUCUCUCUGCGUGAUUUGAUAUUCUACCUCUACAAGGACCAACAUGGAAUGAAGAAAGGACAGCUCAUACAGGGCUCCAACAAUGCCAUACGUAUCCACCACUGCCUUGCCUCCAAGGCUGCUGACUACAUAAAGAAGCAGCACGUCUUCAGGCUUAGCACUGCAGACGGGGCAGAAUAUCUGUUUCAAACAAGUGACAGUCGUGAACUCCAGGAAUGGAUUGAGACCAUCAAUUAUGUGUCAGCUAGCCUUUCCUCCCCACAACUGCCUGGAGCUGUGGGCUCACAAAAGAAGUUCCAGAGACCCUUGUUACCAGCGGCUUACACCAGAUUUAAUCUGCACGAUCAGCUACAGCGUCAUGAAGCCAUGUGUGACCAGGUGGAGAUUGACCUCCAGGAUCAUCGCCAGUUUCCCCCAGAAAAGGGGGCCAAGUCCCGCCUUAUACAAGACUAUUUGGAAAAGGAAAGCUUCCUGGAGAGUGAGAUGAAGCGAUACAAGACAUACACGUACCUACUCCAGUCCAGGAUGAGUGUAUACCCGGAGCUGGAGCCUUCCCUGGUGGAGACUGUCAUUGGGGAGGAUGAGGAGAAUGGACAGGCAGAUGAGGUCAAAGUCAUACAAAAACGACCGGUGCAGCGAUCCCUGUCUGAUAGGGAAAGUGACGAGGAACAAAUCAGUGACCUAAACCAAUAUGUCAAUCCAGAAUCGGCCACCACCCACCUUUGACUUAAGUGACCUUGGGCUUUGACCACUGUGUCGCUUUGGUUAGGGUCAUCUUGGACAAGGAUGGUUGACAUUUGUAAUUUAAGUUUUAUAUGACCUGUCCUUGGUUAUGUAUCCCUGUGCAAAACAAGGUCGUAUAAUGUCUAACCUUGGAUGCUGACCUCAUCUGUAACAUUGGUAACCAAUGACUGUGGAAUGGAUGUUGAUCUCCGUAUGAUUUGUCAUGUCAUCAAAUGACUUAAGAUGUUAUUCAAUUUCCUUGUACACCAAAUGUUUGUUAUGACUUAAUGAUAAGACUCUUCUAUUUUUUUAAUCUGUAAAAAUCAUCCUCAAACGAUCGAAAUGCAUCUUAUACCGUGUAUUUUUUAACACAUAGUCAGUUCUAGUAAACUUGGCAGAAUGUCUCAUAGCAUCAUUAAUGAUAUACUGUAUAUACCUUUUAUGUAGAUGAUUGGGAAUUUUCUACUAGCAGUAGAGCAUCAACAAAUAAGACAUAUAUACCUGUCAACAUACUAGAGACUGGUAUGUUAUAUACCAUGCAUUUGAAAGCGGUGAUAUUCAUCAGAGUGCAAUUUUAAUAUUUCUAUUUUAGAUUUUUAAAAGCUUAUUUUAAUAUUAAUAUAUUAUAUUAUAUAUUAUAAUAUAUUAAUGUGUUUCUUACUAAGGUAUGUUACAUAUGGCCUGGCUAAAUACAGGAAGGAUAAUGUGUGUAUGUUCAUUCAGAUUGGAUGUUUUGUUCCAAAGUAUAUUGUAAACCAGACAAGCAUUUUUUAAAGUAGUCUCAAUCUACAGGUAUAUCACAGUUACAAGUAAUAAUGCAUCAUUUUAGACCUAUAGCUGGUGCAAAUUAUUUUUUUUAAUUAUUAUUUUUGGAAAGUCGCCUUUUACUUUCUAUUUUGUGGCAACAGUGUAAAUGUAUAAAUUACUAAUCCCAACAGUGUUUUGAAGGAUUCGUGUAAUUAUUUUGCUAAAACAAUGCUAAGAUGGAAAGUCUACAAUAACUGUUUCAAAAUUCAUUUAUUGUUGUUACAUUCUCAUUUCUGGCUUUAAUUUGCUUGCUUUCCUGACUAUACUGACCUAUUAUGGUACAGAUGGCUAGGAUGAACCCCCAUCGUGUAGUAAGGAUGGCCUAUUGUGGUACAGAUGGCUAGGAUGAACCCCCAUCGUGUAAUAAAGAUGGCCUAUUAUGGUACAGAUGGCUAGGAUGAACCCCUAUUGUGUAGUAAGGAUGGCCUAUUGUGGUACAGAUGGCUAGGAUGAACCUCCAUGGUGUAGUAAGGAUGGCCUAUUGCGGUACAGAUGGCUAGGAUGAACCCCCAUCGUGUAGUAAGGACAACCUAUUUUGGGACAGAUGGCUAGGAUGAACCCCCAUCGUGUAGUCAGGAUGGCCUAUUGUGGUACAGAUGGCUAAGAGGAACCCCCAUCGUGUAGAAAGGAUGGCCUAUUGUGGUACAGUUGGCUAGGAUGAACCCCCAUCGUGUAGUAAGGAUGACCUAUUGUGGUACAAAUGGCUAGGAUGAACCCCCAUCAUGUAGUAAGGAUGGCCUAUUGUGGAACAGAUGGCUAGGAUGAACCCCCAUCGUGUAGUAAGGAUGGCCUAUUGCGGUACAGAUGGCUAGGAUGAACCCCAUUGUGUAGUAAGGAUGGCCUAUUGUGGUACAGAUGGCUAGGAUGAACCUCCAUCGUGUAAUAAGGAUGGCCUAUUGUGCAAUAGAUUGCAUCAUUAUUAUUUAAUGUGUAUCGCUUGUUGCAUAUGUAUUAAUAACAGUAUUUUUUAUUUAUGAAUUCUUUGUAUAUCAUUGUUUUUCAAUCAUUUUGUUUGUUAUAUUUACUGAUAACACCAAAUUUGUAUUUAUAUGAAACAUUAAUUUAAAAUUUAAAAUGUAGUUUAUAACAGUAGGUUUAAAUAGAAAUUCUUUAGCUGAACCCCGCAAGAUACCUUUCCUCAAAACGUCACCUGUAAAUAUCUACAAAUGAAAUGUGAACCAAGUUUGAUCCUUUGUAUACAAGAGCUCCCCAGGAACAAAGAGUUAGUGUUUCUGUUGUUCAGUGAACAAAUCAUUGUUUUGUUGAGUUCAGAUCACCUGAGCAUAGCUCAAUCAACUUUUCCAAUCCGGCUUCAUCUGUUAACAAUUUCACAUUUUUGACCUCACCAAAACUGCUGCACUGUUUUCAAUGAAAUUGUGCUGGAUUUAAUGAUCUAAAUGGGCAAAAAUAAACCAAAAUUAUAAGAUACUAUUCCAACCCCCCCAAAGGGAAGAAAUUAGCUAAAACAAAACCUUUUCUUCUCCAGUCAAAUAUGAUCUGAAUGAUGGAAAUGUACUUUCUUUCAAUGAUUGUGAAUUUAAUUAUCAAAAUAGAGACCCUGACCCUGACCCUUCCCCCCCCCCCCCCUAAAUUCCCACUAAAACAUUGUGAACUUUAUGCCCAUGGGUCUCACCAUCUCAAGUGAGGGGGCCAAUUUCACUAAUCCCCAAAAAACCCAGAAGAGUAAGGUUUAGAUUUAAUUUUUUGUAUCUGAUUUGACUAGCUAUAUACAUCUACUAAUAUACUACCAUUAGUUCCAUCUUUCUCUACAUAAUAAACUCUACUUCACACCUCAACAUAAAAUAUGUUACCAUAGCAACAUAACCCCACAAGUCAUCGAAAUGAUAUAUACUUUGUUCAAAAUUGUCUUUUCUUUGAUGGAAUACUGUAAAAAUUAGAUAUAGUUAAUUAAUAUCUCUAAUCAAAUGUCUUUAUGAUAAAAGAUGUUCACAAAGUAUUUAACUUUUCAAAUAAAAUUAAUUUAUAUCA